GGCGGGGCGGGGGUGGAGGGCCCGGGAAGCGGGUUCGGGAGCUCGGCUGCCUGUUCCCCCUCUAGGCCAGGGCGGGGUCGAAGUCUGAGUCAAAUGGGGCAGAGCCCGAGAAGAAGGCGGCCCCUUCCCCUUCUCCUCCCGCCUCCCAGCCUCGAGCUGGGCCGGGCAGGCCUGCCUACCCCACGCCUAACUUCACUGCCAGCGUGCUCCCCGCGCACCCCAGUCUCUGCCUUUGGCCACACAUCCGCGUCCUGGUCCGCACAGGGACGAGAACACAGGCAUCAUGUUAGCUGUGGCCUUUGACCAGCCUGGGGGCCCUGAAAACCUUUACCUGAAAGAGGUGGCCAAGCCUGAGCCCGGACCGGGAGAAGUUCUCCUGAAGGUGGCCGCCAGUGCUCUGAACAGGGCAGACGUGUUGCAGCGCCGAGGCCAAUACAACCCCCCUGCGGGAGCCAGCGACAUCUUGGGCCUGGAGGCAUCUGGCCAAGUGGUUAAAGUUGGUCCAGGGUGCCAGGGGCCGUGGAAACAAGGGCAGUUGGCGAUGGCUCUGCUUGCUGGAGGGGGGCAGGCAGAAUAUGUCGUGGUCCCCGAAGGCCACCUCAUGCCUGUUCCCAAGGGGCUGACUCUCACCCAGGCGGCAGCCAUCCCUGAAGCCUGGCUCACUGCCUUCCAGCUGCUCCAAGUCGUAGGCCAAGUUAAGGCUGGGGAGACAGUGUUGAUACAUGCUGGAUCGAGUGGUGUGGGCACAGCUGCUGUCCAGCUGGCCCGCCAGGCGGGGGCCAUUCCUCUGGUCACUGCUGGGUCCCUGGACAAAAUUGAGGCAGUGGAAAAGCUUGGGGCUGCUGCCGGCUUCAACUACAAAGAAGGGGAUUUUUCAGCUGCAACACUGGAGUUUACUAAGGGUGCUGGAGCCAACAUCAUUCUGGACUGUGUUGGGGCAUCCUACUGGGAGAAGAAUGUGGCCUGCUUGGCCCCCGAUGGCCGCUGGGUGCUGUAUGGCCUGAUGGGGGGGGCCGAGGUCCAUGGAGAGCUUCUCUCCAAACUCCUGGCUAAGCGAGGGAGUCUCCUCACGAGCUUACUGAGGUCUCGGGACAAGAAGUACAAAGCAGAGCUGGUGGCAGCCUUCACCCAGCAGAUCCUGCCUCACUUUGCCCAGGACAAGCCCGGGGUACUCAGGCCGGUGGUGGACAGAGUCUACCCCAUGAAGCAGGUGGCAGAAGCCCACGCCUACAUGGAACAGAAUAAAAACCUGGGCAAGAUUGUCCUGGAGGUGGCCCCGGACCCUGAGCCAGGAGCCGCCGGAGCUGGGGCACAAUAAAGUCUCCUCGUCACCCAGCGA